UAUCGUGUAAAGGGAAGUAACCGCGGCAUGGAGUUUGGAAAGUUUCAGCUAGAGUAACUGUUGUCUGACGCCCAUCCAAAAUGGCGGAUACUGAAACUGGAACAGGAGAUGAAAUUGAGUUUACAACGCCUGCUUACGCAUGUGAUGAGAAGAAGAAAGAUGGUUUUAUUCGUGUGAUUGUUGCUAUCAAGAACCUUACAACCAGUACGGAAAUUGUGAGAAGGGGCAUUUUGCCGAAGGCCGUGAAAAAACCUGCCAAUGCCAAACUGAAUGUUGUCUUUGAGAAUCAGGCAUUUGAUCUGACAGUUCGAGGAGAGAAGGGAGGAAUGAAAGGGAAGAACUACCAGCUGAAAAUCAGACAGCUGCCACAUGAGAUAAACAGUGAUGACAGCUACCAUGAGGUUGAGGAUGACAGGGUUCUUCUGUUCCUGCGUAAACUCCAAAACAAAUCCUGGUACCCGGAACUAGACAACGGCCUGGAGACUGCAGAGGAGGAAGAGGAGGCGAAAUAGUCAUGAAAUGGGGAAAGGUCAUGGUUGUUUCAAGGGAGGCGUCAAUGUGGGAUGGAAUAAGAAAAGGGUUGUCAUGCUAAAAAAAACUGAUUGAACCCCACUUAUAUAGUUCAUAUGUAGUGUAAUCUAUAUUGGUUAUGAAAAUUGGGCUUGUGCUAAUUAUAUUUUAUCAAGAUGCAAUAACCUUUAUUAGACAAUACAAUAUGUGAUUAUAAGCCACUUUUGUCUUUUGUAGAUACGGGUAUAACUUUGUAGAUGGGAAGGUCAUGUAUCUUGAGUAUUUUCAUUAUCUUGUAUUAUUUGUAUGAUAUAUAAAAGGAGUUUUAGAAAACAUAGUUACAAGUACAGGUUGAAAGUCCAAAGCCAAACAGGACACACCAUCAUGAACACCCGUUAAAACACAUGUUUGUUUACCAAAGUCAAACAGGACACAAAUCAUGAACACCUGUUAAAACACAUGUUUGUUUACAUUGAUGGAUAAUUCAAUGUUCUAAUUAAUACAGAUGUUGCCUAAGCAUCACUUGCAAAUUUUGUCUUCUAUAGGUGAUUUUUUUCCCUUAAAAAUCCAGUACAUUGUUCUAACCAGUUAAAAUGUAUCAGCAGGGGAAUGUUGUCACAGUGAUAGGUCAAAAUAUUGAUUUUAGUUCAUUUAAUUAAAUACUGAUUGGUUUUUACAUUUGUGAAUCAAAAACAGCAACACAUUUCAAUAAUGGCGUAAUAUUACAGAUUUUUUAUUAUUUUAAGUGUUCGGGAUUUGUGACAUUCAAAAUAAAGCGAUAUCUUUUUACAGUCCCUCUUGUGCAUAGAACGUUUAAAGGCUAUAAUCUAUAUUAAAUUUACUUUCAAUACUUGAUGAAAACGACGUCAUUUCACGCGUUAAACUGACGUUUGACCAAAUUGUCCAAGUCGUUCUUGGCACAAGAAAACCCUUGAAGACUCUAUACCAACCGCUUUUUUGCGUUUGUUAUAAAAGGUAGUCACAGGGGUAGGUCAUUACCAAUCAAAAUAUUGAUUUUAGUUUAUUUAAUUUAAUACUGAUUGGUUUCUACAUCUGUUAAUAAAAUAAAGGAACACGUUUUUAUAAUGGCGUAAUAUUUCAGAUUUUUUUUUAUUUUAAGUGUUCAAUGUGCCCUUCAUAGCGUAAAUUGAAGAGUGAAUAACAGUGAUUAAAAUAAAUGAUUUUCGACAUAAAUAUAAAAAAAUUGUGAACCUGUACUUUGACAGAUCUUGACACAUUAAUAAAAAAGAUGUCAUGUUUCAUACAAAAUUUUAACUAACUGCAAAAAAAGCGUUCUUAGAUAACUGUAAAACAUCUUCAGAAAUGUUCAUAUUUAGGCCCUCAACCAGUACAUGUAUUUCCCAAGUAUUGUUGAUAUGAUCUAUAUUCUUUACUACUUAAAAUUUUAUUGCACUGUUAAUCUAAAUAUAUUUUACCACGAAUAUGGUUUUCAUUGCUGGGCCAUUUCAUUGUAUUAUAGUAUUUUAUUGCAAAAAGACAGUGAUGUUCAUGUAUGUUGAAACAUUUUGGUGUAAUUCUAUACGACUGUGGCAAGCAGACGUAGGUCUUAAUGUGGAGUUGAUUUAAAGGGGAAAUAUGAUUUGAACAUUUCAUAGAAUGGGAGUAGCAUGUCUUUUAGAGUUUGGCAUGUGCCGAUCAAAGAUAUGGAGCUAGAGGGGGCGUAGCUUCUUGGCCCAAUACUGAUGUUUUCAGAACUGUUUUUAUUUCCCCUUUUAAGAUCAUGUUAAUUUCUGUUUUGAUACAUGAAUCUUUAAUUGUUAAUGCCUUUGUUGAGUUAAUUCCUGAAGUAUUAUUGCAUAGACUCUAUUAGUAAACUUGGUUUUGUAUUUUGAUAAUAUUUUACCUGCUAGAACACAAAUGAUUUUUUCUAGUAAGUUGUGAAAAUACAAAUGUUUUUAUUAAUAUCUAACUCUCUCCCUCUCUCUCUCUCUCUCUCUCAAUUGUAAAUGAAAAUGCACAGAUAAAGUAUAGUUCAAUAUGCAAGUUGUUAUCAUAAUUCAUUAUUUGUCAUAUGCAAUGAUAUCGCUGUUUUAUAUCUGCUCUUUGUUUGCUUACAUUGUUUUUCAACUGUUUAGUAUAUCUUAUACAGAUUGAUUUCAUUUGUCAGAUUACUUGGAAAUUAAUUGUUUAUCUUACUAAAUUUUUAUCACUUUUGAUAAAUAUAUUGUACAUAUAUUAUACGCCUUUUAUUGUAUGUUUUCCUGUGGUUUAUGGAGACGUAACAGUGAAAUCCUUUUAAGCAUAUAAUUAACAGAAAAAUCAUUUGUUUUUCAAACACCAAAGUAAAUAUUUAACUUGUGGCUACGCUACACAUGAAAUAAAACUACUGAUGCUUACUCAGUUAAAUAUAUCGCCUGAAACAAACAAUUAUCUUUCACUGGUUUUUCUAUACCUGACAUGUAGCAUUUUUAAAAAAGACAUAGGUGCUAUCAGUUUCUUAUUAUUGGGAAUGCUAUUUUAUUUGUACUAUAUAAUUAUGUUGGUUGCAUCUUAUUUUAUGUUCAGUGUUUAAAAUUUACAUGUUAGGCCAUAAAAAGUUUAUUUUGUUUUUUCAGGCACAUUUUGUUAUAUCAUUAGGAGGGUGUGUGGGAUUUUUAUAUAAAAGCUGAAGCCAUGAACUCUUGGUAAGAUAUGGAAAAUGACACAUAAAAAGCUGUUGAACUAAAUAAUACAUAUGUUUUACCUAAUUAAAUAGAAAUGUAUGAAGUUGAUCUAAAGAUGAUUUAUUGAGAACAUUUCUCAGAAAAAUCAUCCAAUUUUCGCUAAAAUGCAAGAAUAAUAUUAAUGGAUUAAAAAAAGGGGCAGGUAAAAGAAAAUGAAUGCAGCUGGAAUGAGUAACUGAACUCUUUCAUUGCCUUGUUUAUAUCUUUAUUUUUAUUAGUUUAUACCUUAGUUAUA